AUGCCAAGGUUGUUGGAAGUGUGUGUGGACAGUUUCGAGUCGGCACUCGCCGCGAUUACAGGGGGCGCUAGUCGACUAGAACUCUGUAAUUCUCUUGCUGAUGGUGGACUUACACCAUCACCAGGAUUAUUAAUCCAAGUACAAAAUGCAAACACAAAGAAAAUACCUGUCUUUUGUCUCAUACGAUGUCGGCCUGGAAAUUUUGUCUAUACUCCUGAAGAGAUUGAAAUAAUGAAAGAAGAUACAAAGAUUCUGCGUAAAUAUGGCGCUGAUGGUAUUGUUUUUGGUGCUUUGUUACCCAAUGGCGACGUUGACAUGAAAAACAGUCGUGAGAUUGUCAAAGCGGCAUUUCCGCUUCCGUUGACAUUUCAUCGUGCGUUCGACUUUUGUCGAAGACCCACGAUCGAAAUCGAAGUGAUUAUCGAUCUGGGAUUCACUCGAAUCCUCACCAGUGGUAAGCAACCCAACGCACAGCUCGGCGUGAAACUGAUCAAGAAACUCAUGGAACAAGUUGGUAAUAGAAUCAUCAUCAUGCCAGGCGCAGGUAUAAACGCUGAGAAUAUUAAGUUUAUCAUUGAUAACACCGGCGCGAAUGAAUAUCACGGUUCAUUCAAAAAGGUAAAAAGUUUGCAACAGGAACAAGAUUCUGAGGUUAAAUUAGAAGGCGAUGAUCGUGUUGUUCAUGUAACAGAUCAAAAUUUGGUCGCGCAAAUUCUACAAAUAUUAUGGUCCGAAUAA